GUUUUCCAUAUAGCUUGCAUUUAGCAAAAAUACGUUUUGUUCCUUUUCUCCAAUUUUUUCAGUUUUUUGGUUCCUUGUAUUUCAUUUCCUAGUGUGUAUGUGUGUUAUUUGCCACUGUGAAUGUUAUAUUUUUCAAAGAAUUCUUCUACAAGUGAAAUAAUAUUUAAAAAAACGCGAAAUAUUUCAAAUCAACCACGAAAAAUCUAUACUUCAAAGAUUAUUAGUGCGAUCUAUGUGUGUGAUGGAAUGGUCACUUUAGUUGAAACGAAUAAAAAAAAUUGUUAAAAAUUCAAUAUUUUCCUAUUAAAGAAUUUCAAAGAUUAUUUACAUUAUUAAUAGCUUCCUUUUCUCUAUCUCGAUCGAAUUAAAUUAAUAAUAAACGUGUAAGACUUUAUUUUCGAUUGCCGACGCUUGGCAUCUUUUUCACGCAAAAAGCUGAAUUUAACAUAUUAAAUAAAAUCGAAAAGAAUCCAAGCAAAUUGGGUGGUUCCUCAAAUGCAGUUUAAGCAGAAAGCGUAUCGUAUAUAUGUAUAAAACUUAUAUAUAUACUCCACGCUCAUAUCUAUAGAUAUACACACAUUUUUAGGCUCGAUAAACACCAAAGCAAUAUUCCUUCAAAUAAGAAACAAAAAAAAUACCAACUUUAAUAUAAUACAAAGAAUAUCAACUUUUAUACUGCAAAAAUUUCCAAGAAAUAAAAUUAUUUGCUAGUGAUUUUUACAUUAAAUUGUACCGAUAAAGAGUGAGAGGAGAAUUUUUUGAACAAUAUCUCAGCAUAAAUUGACGAAUAGCAACAAUAAGUGAUAAAAUGGCGUUAGACGGACAACAAAAUGGUAGUGGAAAUGGUCAAGACGAAUCAAAAACUAAUUUGAUCGUCAAUUAUUUACCACAAACAAUGACACAAGAAGAAAUUCGAUCCCUGUUUUCAAGCAUUGGCGAUGUUGAAAGUUGUAAAUUGAUUCGUGAUAAAGUGACCGGGCAAAGUUUGGGCUACGGUUUCGUAAACUAUCAACGUGCUGAAGAUGCAGAUAAAGCCAUCAAUACUUUGAACGGCUUGCGUUUACAAAACAAAACUAUAAAGGUGUCGUUCGCUCGACCAAGCUCGGAAUCAAUCAAAGGUGCUAAUUUGUAUGUGUCUGGUUUGCCAAAAAAUAUGUCACAACCUGAUUUGGAAUCGUUAUUCAGCCCAUACGGACGUAUCAUAACAUCACGUAUUUUAUGCGACAAUAUAACCGGCUUAUCAAAAGGUGUUGGAUUCAUACGUUUUGAUCAGCGGUGCGAGGCCGAACGAGCCAUCAAAGAGCUGAAUGGAACGAUACCGAAAAAUUCGAAUGAAGCAAUCACCGUGAAAUUUGCAAACAAUCCCAGCAGUAAUAAAACAAUGGCCCCGUUAGCCGCUUAUCUUACACCGCAAACAACUCGACGUGGAUUUCCGGGUCCAAUACAUCAUGCCACCGGACGAUUUAGAUACAGUUUGAAUUCUAGAUAUUCGCCAUUGGCUAACGAUAUUUUGGCUAACUCAAUGCUGUCGUCGAACCCAAUAAAUGGAUCAGGCUGGUGCAUUUUUGUAUACAACCUAGCACCAGAAACCGAAGAAAAUGUUCUUUGGCAAUUAUUUGGACCUUUUGGCGCCGUACAAUCAGUUAAAGUCAUACGAGAUUUGCAAUCGAAUAAAUGCAAAGGAUUUGGAUUUGUGACAAUGACUAACUACGAGGAUGCUGUUGUUGCAAUUCAAUCACUAAAUGGAUAUACUUUGGGCAAUCGUGUAUUACAAGUCAGUUUUAAGACCAACAAAACAAAAACAAACUAAACAUUAAAUUUAAAAUAUCAACAAUUUUAUAAUUGAAUUUUCGAAAUGUUGUGUUUUUUGUUUGUUUACAAACGCAAACACCAAUGCACAAGACAUUUUUCCAAUUGAUUCGUUUUCGUGUUAUCUCUUGAUAAAAAUUCAUGGAAAUAACAUUUAUUUUUGUAUCAAAAGUCUUAGACACAGUUGAAAUCCAAAAAUAAACAAAAAACAUGUUCGUUUAAGAUUGAUUUUUAUUAGUUUCUGUUUAAAUAAAUUGGUUUUUUUGGUUGAAUUUAUCGGUAGAUAAUGCAUUUCCUCAUGAUGCCAACGCAUACAAUAAACAUUUCUUCUUAAUUCUCUUUCUUCGAAACCGAUUUUAACGCACAAUCGUUCACAUACAUAUAUAUAUAUUGAAAUACAAAAACAGAAAGCUAUUAUUGCAAAGAGAAAACAAAAACCCACAAAUAUUUGAAAAAUUUAAAUUUGAUUCGCAAUAAAUGGCCGAUGGGGCUGACAAACAUACACUCACACUUUAUCCGUAAAUACUGAAUUUUUUUCAACUUAUGAUGCAUAUAUAUUAACAUGAGAAGAUUUUAUAAAAUAUUAAAAUAUAUUUACCGAUAAGAUUACUAUCGAUUAACUUUAUAAAUUGUGUUAUGUGUACGUAGUUAAUUAGUCGUCAAAAUACCCACAGAUUAUUUCAAUAAAUAUUUAAAACGAAAAAAAAAUGAACAUCCAGGAUAUGCAACAAAUUUAAUUGUAGCAAACAGACACCUUAACAUUCACCUAUAUUCUUUUUUGACAUUUACAUUGACAAUGUAAUAGUGAUGACGAAUGGAAGAAAACCCUGUGCUUUCCAAAUGAAAUAAAAAUAAAAUAAUGAAAUGAAAUAAUACACAAAAUAGACCGUUCGAGAUUUUUAAUAAUUCAUUUACGUGCUUCAUUAAUCUAAAGACAAAGUAUUUAAAUAAACAUAUGUGUACUGUGUAGCAUUUGAUCUUAUAAUUAAUAUUUUUUAUUCCAUUUUCCAUUUUCCAUUUUUAGAAUUACAUUGAUAACAUCUUGUGCAAUCCUAUAAAGUAGUUAUUACAUUUUUUCGAUUCUAAGGAGAAUUAUAUUUCUCUGUCAAUCAAAUAAAAAUAGAGGACAAGAAAAAUGAGAGAAAAAACCUCAAAUUUUAUAACUAUGAAAAGUUCCAAGAACAUGUUUGAUUAACAUCACACAACACACAAACACAUACACAAAAAACUAAACACAAAAAAAAUCGUGACAAAGGUGCUCAUUUAAAAUAAAGAAAGAAAAACAAACCCAUCUCAUCUUAGAUCAAUUGAAGUAAUAAAUUAAUUUAUAAAACAAAAAACUUAUUGAUUGUAUAAAAAAGCUUCCGUCAAAACAAAAUAUUUAGAAAACCGUUUUAGGGAACUGAUUCAUGAAUAAAACGUGAAAAAGAGAGAGAAAAAUGAUUAAGAAAUAAUAGAAAAUACGACAACGAUUAUACAAAUAUUCAUCGAAUAAAUUUAAAUUUUUCAUAUAUUCGUGAAUAGUAUUCAUGUCAAAAGAGAACAACAAGAAUAAACAACAACAACAAAAUACUAACAAAAGCAAAGACAAGAAUAAAUAAUUGAACAAAAGAAAUUAAUUAAAAAAAAAAAAUUGCAAACGUAGACCAUCAAUAAGAUUGUGCGAAUUAUAAGUACGCUUAUAAAAACAUAAGGUAUUCUUAAGAAAGACGCAGUUUUCUCUCUGUAUUGAGCGUCACCGUGAAAAGUGUAUUUAAACAAAAACAAACAAAAAAAGUAUUCAAAAAUCAAGUAUUUAGAUACGUUUUAGUGAAUCAUGGGCAUUUCGAAUAUUAUUGCCAGCGACAAAUACUUCAAUUGGCUGAAAUGAUAUUGUAUUACAUUUUCCUGAUGACAUAAAAUAACAACAAAUUUUUUAUAUUCAAUGUUUGGAAUUUUACUUUUUUGGGCAAUAUCUGUAGCAUAAGUUGGCAACGCUUCCGAACUAUGAUUGCAUUUAAACAUAUUAGAUAAAAUUAACAAUGUAUGUUGUUUAGAAAUUACCAAACAAAAAUGGUAUUGAUUUAGACAAAUCUAGAAUAUUUGGAAAAUUAAACACUUACCAGCGCGAGAACUGAUCGAUAUAAUCACAGGAAAUUUAAAAUAAAAUUAAAAAAAAAAGAAACACCAAAUUUUCAUUGCAAAUUUUCAAACUAGUUCCGAUGUUUGUCUUAAUUUUGUAUGAAAAUUUUUCAUUAUUAGAUCAAUUUGUUUGAACAUUAUCAUCUCUAUUUUCGGAAGAAAAGCUUGAUUUUGUAAUCGAUGAUUUAGUCAAAAGAUUUGGCCAUGCGCUUCUUUAAUAUUUAAUUCAAUAUUCAAUUUGUACUUAUAUUUAACAUUGUUUUUGUCACACUUAUUUAUUCAAUAUUCAUUUCUGAUUUGAAAAUGAUACAUUUUUUUUGUAACACUCAACUAUUUUUUAAGUCACGCAAAUAAUAAAUCAUAUCUACUUGUACCAUUA